AUGUGGCGCGUCGUCGUCGCGGCGUCGCUGGCCGCGGCGUCGCUGGCCGCGGCGUCGCCGGCGGCGUCGCCGAACGCGACGCGCCGCGAGCGCGUGGCCCUGGCGGCGCUCGUCGUCUCGGGCCACAAGGCCGCGGACGAGGGCUUCGUGCAGCAGUCCGCCUGCGCCGCGCUCGCGCUCUUCGCGUCCGCGCGCGGCGCGGGCGGCUUCGGCGGCGACGCGGUGCUUCUCGCGGGCCCGCUCGGCGCCGGCGCGCCCCACGACCCGGCGACGUGGCGGUCCGCGCCGCCCGGCUGGCGCGCGGCCCACGGCGCCCUCGUCGCGCGGCUCGCGGCGCUCGUCGGCGACGCGCUCGACCGCGCGUCCGUCCGCGACCUCGUGCCGUGGCUCCUCGACGGCGCGUACCCGUUCCUCCGGCGGAACCUCAACUACAUGAAGCUCGCGGCCUACCGCCUCGAGGGCUACGACGCGGUGCUCUUCCUCGACCUCGACGUCGUCGUCACGGCGCCCCUCGCGCCGCUCCUCGCGCUGAGCCGCGGCGCCGCGCUCGUCGGCGACCGCGCGGACGUCGACCGCCGGUUCGGGACGUCCCGACCACACUUUGACAUGCUCGAGCUCGGCCACAUCGACGUCGGCUACCGGACGUGCACCGCGCCCGUGAACAGCGGCGUCUUCGUCGUCCGCCCGGGCCGCGACGGCGCCGCCGGGCGCGCGCACCUCGCGGCGCUCAACGACGUCGUCGUGCGCAAUCGGUGCCCCUGCCGGAGCCAGGGCAGCAAAAGGGUGCGAAAUUCCCAACUUCAAAGGCUCAUAUCUCGGCCGUUUUCCACUCGCCGGAGCUCGCGCGAGCCGUUCGCGUCCGCCGGCUUCGACGGCGUCGGCGACGCGGGCGGCGCGCUGCGGCGCCUCUGGGACGGCGGCGCCUUCGACCCGCCGGGCGCGCCGCCGCCGGUGCCCCGGUCCUGCGCCAAGGUCACGGGCCGCGCGUCGCGGACGUGGGACCUCGCGGGCGCGGGCACGGGCCAGGGCCAGGGCAGGACAAGGGUGAUUCAACGCCAGGGCCUCAUGUGGUACUACUACGGCCUCACGCUCGGCUCCUACGCGUCGCUGACCUACGCGGCGCUGCCCCUCGUCCACUACAACGCGCCGGGCCCCAAGCCCUGGGCCGCCCACGCCGAGGCCGCGAGCGCCGACGUCGCGGAGCGCCAGCACUGCGACUUCGCCUGGUGGGCGGGCUUCGCCGCCGCCGCCGCCGCGGGCCCCGCGGCGCGCUUCGGCCACUGCGCGGCGCUCCUGGGGCCCCACCUCGCGAAGAAGCGGGCCGCGCGCCACUUCGCCGCGCCGGCCUGCUGCCGGCGGUGCCCGGGCGGGGGCCACUUCGCGACCGCGCAGCCGUGCGCGUCCGCGGCGGGGCUCCCGGCCUACGCGACGGACGCGUGCGUCGUCGCCGCCGAGCUCGAGGACGCGGCCGCGCUCGCGCUCUAG